UACGGACUCACAGAAACAUCCCCAACAACACACGUCGUUCCCUUAGAAUACGGCGCGUCGAAACCCGGUUCCGUCGGGGUCCUUCUACCGAACCUCGAAGCACGGCUAGUCGAUGAGAACGGGAACGACGUUCCGGAGGGUGAACCUGGAGAGUUCUGGGUUCGCGGACCUACAGUUAUGAAGGGAUAUCAUAAUAAUCCCGAGGCGACGAGGGAAUGUAUGACCGAGGAUGGAUUCCUCAAGACUGGAGAUAUUGUCAUUGCGGAGAAAGAUGGAUUCUAUAGCGUUGUAGAUCGGAGGAAGGAGUUGAUCAAGUAUAAGGUGAGUCGAACUAUACGUCUAUCUUUGGUCUGUACUUAUUAG